CGGCUGUGACCCGGCGGAAGUAAUUCCUUGGACUGCCCCGGAACCCACAGGGGCAGGCAGCUGGGGGUAGGGGGGCGGCCCUGGAGUGGGGGCUGUGGCGGUGGAAGAGGCUCGGCUGCGGUGGCUGUGGUGCUGGACGAGAAACUACUAAAAGUUCCUGUGGAACCAAAGUAGAAUUAUAUAAGAACAUAAUGGAUGGUGAGGAGAAAACCUAUGGUGGCUGUGAAGGCCCUGAUGCAAUGUAUGUCAAAUUGAUAUCUUCUGAUGGUCAUGAAUUUAUUGUAAAAAGAGAACAUGCACUAACAUCAGGAACAAUAAAAGCCAUGUUGAGUGGCCCAGGUCAGUUUGCUGAAAAUGAAACCAAUGAGGUCAAUUUUAGAGAGAUCCCUUCACAUGUGCUUUCAAAAGUCUGCAUGUAUUUUACCUACAAGGUUCGCUACACUAACAGCUCCACCGAGAUUCCCGAAUUUCCCAUCGCACCUGAAAUAGCACUGGAACUGCUGAUGGCUGCGAACUUCCUAGAUUGUUAAAUAAAAUAAAUUAUAAUAAACUGUUAAUUUUUCAGUAUUUAAUACUUGUAGAUCAGGUAGUAAUUUUUUCAUAUAUAGCAUGUUGCCUGUAUGCAAUUGAACUGUAAAGUUAAUUGCAAAGCAGAUUAUCUUGUUUUUUGCAUAGCAAUCCGUUGGAAUUUGUUUGCCACAUCAGCAAAUUAAGGACAUUUUCACAAACAGAAAUAAACAGAUAUGCCAAUU